AUGACUACAACUGACACUACAGGGCACAGAGCCUUGGAAGAAGCUAUUGAUGAUUCCUCCGCCACAGAGGUGAGUCGGAAGAAGUUGGCAACGAAGCAAGAGGAACUCCUUGUAUCUGAGAUUGUCUUGACGUUCUUCACCAUUAUCAAGUACAUACUCAUGUAUUCCUUUCUAUGGAUGCACUUCGGAGAAAGAAGUACACUAUUCAAGGCCUUCACGAUAUUCCAUAUGGCAGAUGUAUCGUCCCUCAUAUAUCUCAUUUUUAUUUGGGCGUCUCCGAGACGAAGCCGGGGUCUAUUAGGAGCACAAGCAUUACUCGCCAUUGAUAAUUUUGGCCAUUUCGUUCUCUUGUGCCAUGAAGUUGAUAAAGCCACUGACCCUUACGAUGGAGUUGUAGUACAACUAUGUUUCACCUUGGCGUUAUUCCUUGUCAAUCUGAUCCUUAUCGUUGUAAACAUGGGUAAUCUUUAUGACUUCCUACGUCUUCGAGACAAGAUUGUGCUUACCACAAAGGUAAGAAAGCCCAUGGAGGUACCAGAAAAAGCUAUUAUCGAGUCUCUUCAGCGUGCUUACAUUCCCACAUAG